CAGCAUCAUCGGGCAAUUCGCCAGAAUGGUAAAGCCCUCGCUUGCUCCCGGUUUUAUAUAGAGCAGCAGGGUGACGUCAUCACUUAACUCAUCCAUAACUACCCAUACGACAACUUAGCCACGAAACACUACAUACGAUAACAAAAGCCAUAGUACAACAGAGUUACAGCUGAACUACAGGCAUCACAACAGCAACGCCCAAGAGGUGUGGUUUUUGUAAAGUGAGUUGGAUCGAUGAUGAGAUGGAUUGGUGGCAAGGUAUGGGUUACAAAGUGAACACGUCAUGAGGUGGUGUUAUACGAGCUGAGGUCAGCACGCGGUGUUGCGAGUAUAUGAAGUGGUGAAUAACGACGUGAAUGGAUGUUGAAGAGGCGUUACAUUGUGAGUUGAUGUGGUUGGGCGAUGAGGUGUGUGUAAUGUGGAGUUUUGAUGUGUGGGUGAUGAGGUGGAUUUUUAAGCUGGCCAGUGCUACAGGGAGUUUUAGCGGAUGUUAAGGUGGCGUUUUUUUCCACUGAUGCCGUGCAACAUUGGUGGUGAUAGAGAAGCAGUGGUGGUAACAUAUACAGAAAACAAGAUUUGUAUGGAAGUAAAUCUGAAAUACGACCGUAUCUUCACGUGGAUUUACCACAUGACUGUACUGUAUGUAUAGAAAUGUACUGAUGCAUAGGCAACCAAUUUAAAUAUGUGUACUGCAAUGUUGAACCAAAAUGGCAAUCAGUAUGAUAUUACACAAUAUCAGCACAUUGUUUAAGUGUUUGCCUCAGAUGAAUACUGACUGAAACACGUGUAAGUACACUACUGCCACGUUGCACAUGAACGUUUAUGUCGACAACUUUCCUGUACUUUGAUGACACGCAUAAAUAGUACAAUUGUGAUACGCUAUGCGUAUCAACAAAAUCGCAAUUCCGUCAUCUAGAAUUUGUAUGCCGUGCUUCUCCUACGGUGAAUAUCUUGUGGCACCAACGUGGGAAAUGAGUAAGAGUGGCCACCAGGGGACGUGGGAACGACUGGCAGUGGUCAGGGGAACCUCUCGAUGGUCCAUUGUUUUUUCUUGUGCUGUGACACCACAGAAUUGACACACAUUAAAAGCCAGGGGUGCCCAAUUGAGACUUGCAAGAUCAAGACAGCCCAAGGCUAUAACAUAACACUUACAGGUUAUGGCGAUACCAGGGCCACAUGACAAAUAAUGCGUGAAAAUUGAGAGGUCUGAAAUGAGCAUACAAUAGAAAGACAAUGACCCCCCGUUUAGCCUGAAAGACUUUUGGGUCAAGAGCUGGUAGGACCCUUUUAAGUGAGGUCGAAAUGGCAUUCGAGGGGAUAGUGUGGCCAACACAAGUCCCAACCAUAUUCCCCAAUGUUUACGCAAUCCACCGACUACCUAUUUAGGACUGGGUAGACCCUACGGGAGGCCCAGGACAGGGUCAGAUGCCACUUGCCACACAUACUGGUGUUGUCCGAAGCCGAUAAUCUAACCCAGGUGGCUGGGAUUGGACACACAGUGCACUCUAAACUUGCGCAUCCACACACAACUAUAGAGUACACAGAGUCACACAAAUUUAGAGGUGAAAGGAAAUUGUGCUGUGAAAUGUAUGAAAAUACGCACUGCCACCGAGGAUUUUGUCAUGACGGAUGUGUUUGAGACGUGAAAUCUGCAGUUCUGUACACUAUUAACGCUGUGCUGCAAUUUUCUUGUUAAAUGUUUUUUUUUUACCAAAUAAUGUUUACUUAAAAAAAUCUGUAAGUAGUAUUCUGCUUUACAAAACGGUACUAUAUGUUGUGAAAAAACCUUCCAACAAUAGAACUUGUCCAUGUACACGCUCUGGAAAAGUUGCAGACAAUAUUAUUGAUGCUAAAUUAAUGUUGGAUUAACCAUGCCCUUGAUUAGAAUGCCACCAUCAAGGUAGCCACUAUUGCAGCUACAGGGGUCAUGUGAACCCAUUUAAACACAUACAGAUGGAAAAUGAUUGAUUCUUCGGCAGUUUUGGUACAUUUAUUGUGGGCUUAGGAAUCUAUGAAUCGAUGCUUCCUCACACUUCUAAUAUUUAUGGAAUGUGAAUUGGUAAAUAUUACAUAUCGGAGCUCUUAUAGCCAGAUGGUUUGAUUCAAGACGCAGUUUGCUUAUUGCUUUGUUCAUCUUUGUGGCGAGGAAGGGUGCCAAGCGUGACUGAAGCCUUACCGCGAUGAGGCUAAACAACCGCUAAGAAUGUAUGUGUGCCAGCAACUAAUACAGUGGAACGCCUCUUAUCCACUUUGAUCUCGGGGGGCAUGGUCGGGGUGUAACCGUGUUCUGAUAUUUCCCUAGAUGAGAGGAGGAGUUCUCAUCCUGUUAUCCACAAAACAACUCCUGUUAGCCACAAAAAAACCUAACAAAAGCAUGAAGUUACCCACGUGGCCCUUUGUAUCCGUGAAACUUAACGGGAUGAAUUUAGCUCCUGUUGCGACCACUCUGGGACAACUCCUCUGAUCCAUGAAAAUAACAGAUAAUAAGAAGUAGGAAAUAUCGGCCCCGCAAGAUCAACUCGGGAGCAUAGGUAAACGGAGUCACGGAUACAAUGGUCACAGAUAAGAGGAAUUCCACUGUGUGUGUGGUACAGUUACAUUAAUUUCGUCAGCAUAGAUUAAGAUGGCACAUAUGGCGAUAUUUUCUCAUGCGUACAUAAUUUUUGCAUUCUUCAGUAUUCUGUUAUAACUAAUGCGUACCCUAAUACCGUACACUUACUACACAUACACUCUAGGAAAGUAGCACUGUACUGCAAUAAAUUGUAUAUUGUUAUAUAUUGCUCUUUCAUGAGUGCAUAGGUUCGUGUGUGCAUUACGGUACAUUGUAUAGACAGGAACAUGUGCACAACAUGGCUGAACCCUGAGAGUGCCUGCUAUAAUAAUCUACCAUAUGGAGUGGUCCUGAGCCUUAUAUAGUGCCAACAUCUGGGCCCCACUCAACCUUAACCCUGAUAUCCUAUUGUACCUUUAUUGAUGAAUUUCAUAAACAAUUCGUAUUUUUGUUGUAUGUUGUCUCUAAUCUUUUGUAUGGAUUAAUAUCAGCAGAUGAAAGAUGUAAUUUCAGAUUUGUUAUCCACUCAAUUGUCUGUUCAUAAGCAGAGUGGAUCACGUCCAUUCCUCCUUUAAAGGAGUGAAAACAGCAGCGGAGUGUUUUACGCUGCGGUCGAUGGUUUGGGAUUCGUGGCCGGACCACUCGAAGGCCUCCGAAUCUUUGAUGUGCCGUUUAUGCAUCGGGUAGCCGCAUCAGGUCAUGCCGAUUCGGUUGAUGGUCGACCAUUUGGCGAAGUGGAAGGUUUAAACCGGGAGGCUCGACGGUAGGGUCCAGUGUGAGAUGUUUAUUUAAUCAUUAUUAUUAAUUUAUCGUCUCUAAUGAACAGUUAGUACUGCUCAGACACAGACGAGCUUAGCACAACACAUGCAAAUAUUGAGGGCAAUUUGUGCCAUUGAUGGUCGCGCAUAUUAAAGCGUAUCAUAGUAACGGCAGGAUAUUUUGACCAGAAACAUUGUAUGUCUUCUCAUAAGCCCAUCAUUACAGUACAGUGUUACUCUAUCGUACAUUGCAAUGUGAUAUAUAUUGCUGUUUUUUGCUGGAGUUUCCCAUAAGGAGUUUAACAUUGCAGCUAAUCUGUUACCUGUUUAAUUUGUCAUGUGGAGAACGCGUGACACAAGUACGUUACGACUGGAACAGAAUUGACGAUGAACGUCAAUAUAUUGCACCUGGAUGUGGUCUUCCGGAACCGUUAAAUUCAUCCGAUUAUCUGAGCAUUUGCGUGGAUAAGAGUGACCCAAAAGGUGGUGGUAGCAGGAUGACCCUAUUGUCUGGGUUUAUCCGCAGUGGAUAAAGACAGUGAUCUGUGCAGAUACACACAGUUAAUGGGAUCACGAACAGAAAACACUGACAUCGAAUUGGAUUUAGGGAAAUUCUGCGUAUGUACUCAUAAUCUAACUCGAGAAUGCAACGAAACUGUAUUGCACUUUACAUAUCUGUAUAUACUCCAAAUACAGGGCUCUAUAAACCCAAAGACAAUGAAAGUUACAGCUACAGCUAACACUGUUUUGACUACCGUGUUGUAUUGCCACGUGGAUGUCGCAACAAAAAGAGAGUUAUGGUAAACAGCAUUGUAUUUCACACAGCCAUUUAUAGAUGAUCUGUAAUGCACUCUAACCUUGAAAUGGACAUGUAUUCUGUCAUGCCUGCCAAUUAAACAUGUAAUUGAAACAAUGAAAAUGCUUGUGCAGAUGUUGUUAAGUUUAGGUUUCUCCAUCAAAGUUAAAGUAGACCAUCGCUUUUCUGGAGCAGAGUAUGAUAGAUUAUACAUAUUUCCAGAAAUAUAAUAAGUGAAAAUGAAAUACCAAAUUUCACAUGUCAUAAAGAGUAGCGGUGUUUUAUGAGAGUACAGAUAUGACGUGAUUGUUUUAGUGUUCUAUAGUCAGGAUGAACAACCGGAAAUAUAUUUUUUGACAGUGGUGUUCUGCUCCAAGCAUUGGUCAUAAAGAUCAAAGCUACAUCGGUACAAUUUGUCAUGUAAAAUAAAAUACACUACAGUUACGUGGAUCUUGAGUACAACACAUUGUUUUCAUUGAUCAAUAUCGAAUGUUAAUAUCGCCAAUGAAAACACAGCACGUUAGACAUAUCAAAGCAGCUUUUUUGGCCGCUUAUUCGAGUUUUGACAUUCACCAGGCUGUUGCAUUUGUUAAUUUGGCUCUCACCGAUUCCUGUCAUAAUUUGCUGCAACUGGGCGACAUGUGCUGUACAUCCUUGACAGUGGCUUCACCAUGCUGUAAUACUGCGGGGCUAUGUCACUGUGGCCUCUAUGCGAGCCAGUAGCCUCAAAAUGUAGUGCGUGCAGGCCCCGUGAGCCUUGUUUGAGUCUCUCUUGCUAUAGAUUCCUUCCGUCCUCCCCUCUCUCUCUUUCUCUCCACGCUGCCUCAGAGGCCGGUGCUGGUGGGAGCGCAACGCACGCACACUGCAGGAGGGCUUUCUUGGGCACUCACUCGUCAAGCCGGCGAGCACAUACGGUGGCAACCAUCUGGAGCAUAGCUCUGAUCUCUUCCCACGACCAUGGUGGUGCGCGUUUUCCUGAGGAGAAGCUUAACAAAGGAACCCCUUAACAGAACGGAUGGUGAGCUGGCUGGGAAAAUGGAGAUGAAUACAAGGCUGAGAGCCUCAAGCCCACACAACUCGGAGGGGGACAUGGUGCUGCUGCAUUCCGGGGAGCCAGGCACAGCCGAACGGGUACCGCAAAAGCGCCGGCUUCCGAGCCCUCAGCCUCCGUCCAACGGACACCACGCAACCCGCGAUACCUCUCCCGCAUCCUCGCCCUCCCCCGGCAAGAAGAAAAAGAGGCCCAACACCCCGCUGGGCAAGGAGCAGAUGCCGGUGGCACGCGGACCGUUCUACCAGCCCUCCUCUGACACGGCGCCGGCGGUGCCGCAGGACGGACGCAACGAUUUCUAUUGUUGGGUUUGCCACCGCGAAGGCCAGGUGCUUUGCUGCGAACUCUGUCCACGUGUCUAUCACGCCAAGUGUCUCAAACUCGCCGCGGAGCCUGAGGGAGACUGGUUCUGCCCUGAAUGUGAGAAAGUAACAGUGGCAGAGUGCAUAGAGACGCAGAGCAAAGCGAUGUCCAUGCUCACAACGGACCAGCUCAGCUACCUGCUCAAGUUUGCCCUGCAGAGGAUGAAACACACAGGGACGGAGCCAUUUCAGAAACCCGUCUCUCUGGAGCAGCAUCCUGACUACACUGAGUAUAUCUUCAACCCCAUGGAUCUGAGCACGCUAGAACGGAACAUAAAAAAGAAAAUAUAUGGCUGCACGGAAGCAUUCCUUGCAGAUUGCAAAUGGAUCCUUCAUAACUGCAUCAUCUAUAAUGGAGCCAAUCAUAAGCUGACCACCACUGCAAAAAUGAUCAUCAAAAUCUGUGAACAUGAGAUGAACGAAAUAGAAGUGUGUCCUGAGUGCUACCUCUCCUCAUGCCAAAAGCGAGACAACUGGUUUUGCGAGCCAUGUAGCAUCCCGCACCCAUUGGUUUGGGCCAAGCUCAAGGGCUUUCCGUUCUGGCCAGCCAAGGCCCUGCGCGAGCGGGAUGGACAAGUGGAUGUGCGCUUCUUUGGCCAGCAUGACCGGGCGUGGGUGCCGGUCAGCAACUGCUACCUGAUGUCCAAGGAGAUUCCCUUCUCGGUGAAGAAAGCUCGCGGCAUCUUCAAUAACGCCAUGUCUGAGAUGGAGGUGUACGUGGAGAACAUCCGCCGGCGUUUCGGUCUCUUCAACUACGCGCAGUACCGUACGCCCUACACGCCCGAUACGCGCUUCCAGAUCCUGCGAGACCCCGGGAGCGGCAUGCAGCCCAGUCCAGACGAGGAGGGCGAGCGGGGAAAGCUGUCCUUUGACAUGGCUGCCUCACCCAAGGUGGUGCUGAGCCGUCUGGGGAUGUCAGGUGGCUCCUUGGGCUACGGCGGGCACGCCUCCUCCGUGGGCACGCGCUCCCCGCUCAGCAACGUGUCGUCAGUCCCCACGGGCUCGGAUGCUGAGACGGAGGGAGACCGGGGGUCACCGAGUACUCUCAAGGGCUCGCUUAAGGUGGAGAGCCCGGGUUCCUCCAUCUCGUCAUCAAGCCGCAAUGUGAUUCCUAAAUCCGAGAAGCUGUCCCGCACCUCACCGGCCAGCAGCAUCCUCAACCUCAAGCUGGACCGUAGCAAGGCGGAGAUGGACCUGGAGGCGCUGAGCGAGACCGUGCAGCAGAGCGCCGCGCCCGUUUCCAUGGCCCCGUCGCCAAAGAAACAAAUAAAAAAUAGCUUCUUCCUCAACCUCGACAAGACCAUCGCCAACUGCAAAGCCUCCCUCGGCAUCAAGAAGAUGGCAUCCGAGGAGCAGAGCGACUGGGAGAUGUCGGAGAACUCGAGCGAGAGUGAGGCCGACAGCGCCGCCGAGGACGACGACGAGAGGGGCCUGGCGGCUCGACGGGCACGGCGCGUGGCGGCCUCUGCCGCCUCGGCACCGGGUGCACUGGGCGCAGACGGUAGAGGCCGAGGACUCGGGGGUGGCGCCAUCGCGCGGGGGGACGGCGGCGGCAACAGUACUGGCAGAGGAGAGACGGCGACCAGUGACAGCGGUGGUGUCAAGCAGGAUCUGAGCCAGAACGGGAAUAUGAGCGCCAGGCAGGACAAAGCGGGCAACGAGAAACCCUCCGGACGGAGGGAUACGGCUUCGAGCAGCCCGAGCGAUGCUGAUGAGAAGCAAGCACAUCGCUCCCUGCGUGUACGGGCGGCGCCCUGCAAGGAGGAGGACGAUGACGACGAUGACGACGACCCAGACUCGCCGCACUCCCUUGGCCUGGACAGCGAUUCGGAGAGCGAGCUCGUCAUUGACCUUGGGGAAGAGAGCCGCGAUGAAAGGGGAGCGCCACCACCAUCCUCUUCACGGCGAAAGGGCAGGAAUGGCGAGACAGGGAAACGGACGAGCCGAUCUCCACCCCGAAAAGAGGCACCCUCAAAUCCCACGCAGCAUAGCACCAACAAUCGUGCCAGCUCUUCGGCAGGUCCCCCACCAGCGGCCAAACUCCCUGAGCCCUCAUCCACUGGUAAGCAGAAAACCUCCACUGCAACCCCCAAGCCGUCAUCUUCCUCGUCUUUCUCCUCUCCUUCCGCCUCGCCAUCCAUCGCCUCCCCACCAGCCAUCGUCUCCACCUCAUCUGUCACCCCAGCCACCCCUGCGACGGUGGCAGUCGUGAGUCCCAUCAAGAAGCAGCGGCUGCUUCUGCCCAAGGACAGCGCUGGAGGGCAGGGUACUUCUCCGAGUGGGUCUGCUGCCGCUGCCACCGCCACCACAUCCACCACAACAACCACUCGCUCGUCUUCCUGGGCAGUCCCCGGCAAGUUUCAGACGUCCUCACAGAAGUGGCACAACCAGCGGAUGCAGAGGCAGCAGCAGCAACAGCGAGAAGGGAUGGGCUCGCGCUACGCCACCAGGCAGGCGACUAAAGCCACCCAGGAGAAAGAUAUCCUGCCAGCACCACCCCCAAAAUCCACCCCAACUGUCACCACGGCAACAGUCACCCUGGUUACCAGCUCGUUUUCGGGAGCAACCUCAUCUGCCGGGAGUCGGAAGUUGCCUGCAACUGGCGAGGGUGGGGGCGGUGGUGGGGGAGGAGGAGCAGCAGGGGGCGCAGGGGGUGCUAAUAUCUCCCCCCUCUCCAAAGCCGAAACUACCAGCGUUGGGAGCAACUCUGCAGAAGUGGCGGCUGACAUCGCCAAGUACACGAGCAAGCAGAUGAUGGAAGCCAUCAAAGGCACCGUAACGGAGAUGUACAACGAUCUGUCUUCGGGUUCUUCUGGAAACACUCUAGCGGAGAUAAGAAAGUUAAGGAUAGAAAUUGAAAAGCUUCAGUGGCUUCAUCAACAGGAGUUGUUGGAAAUGAAGCACAAUGCAGAGCUCACCAUGGCGGAAAUGCGGCAGAGCUUCGAGCAGGAGCGAGACCGGCUCAUGGGCGAGGUGCGCAAGCAGACGGAGAUCGAGAAGCUGGCCGUGGUGGAGGAGACCAAGAAGAAGCAGUGGUGCGCCUACUGCCGCAAGGAGGCAAUCUUCUACUGCUGCUGGAACACCAGCUACUGCGACUACCCCUGCCAGCAGGCGCACUGGCCCGAGCACAUGAAGACCUGCACGCAGUCAGGUGGGGCUCAACCCGCCCAUCUCGCGAGCACCCAGCCAGAGGUGGAGGCAGAGGCGGUGCCGGAGACGGCGGUAAAGGUGACGGCCCAGCAGGUAGCUACUGCCACCUCCACGCACACGGAGGGAAAAGUGGCGGCGGCGGUGGUGGUGGCGGCAGCGGCAGCGACGGCGAUGGGGGUGAAGGAGCAGGUCAAGGACAAGGGGCAGGAGAACGUUACGGUUAAAUUCAUUCCAACAAGCGCGACUGCCCAGAUAGUGACCAACGUAUCCACAAACCAGCCCAUAAAGUUGAUUCCUGUGCAACCACAGACAACGUUCAUCCAGACAACACAGCCCACAAUUGCCAUCCCGGUGGUGAUGGGAACCGCUGUGAGGCAAGGUGUACAGUACGUGCAAACGAGCAUGCCGCUGCAAGUCCGCCGGUUGUGAGGGGCCCCGAGCGUGUUUAUACUGUAUAUGCAAAAUUCCCUGAACUGUUAAGACAAGAAUACAAGCUCUUGCAAAGAAUCGUUAUUUGAACACCUAAGAAAACCGAGACUUGAUAACGCCAAGAAAACUAUGUUGAUCUGAGAAGACUGAAACUGAACUUGAUCUGUUUAGCAGAAAUUUUAAUAGAAGGAUUGUGAUGCAAUCAAGAAUUCUGGAUAAUUCAACAGAAGCUGGAAUAUGCUCUUCUUGCCACUACUACCAAAUUUGUCUACAUCACUUCACUCCAAGACUUACAAUUUUCUAAAUAAUAAAAUACCCUCAGAGCCUGGGAUCCACACUGCCAGGUAUGCUGUACAAAGGUCAAGCCAUCGGUGAAGACGCCUGUAAAUUGUUGUACGUUCAUGACACACUAUACAAGGCCAAUGUUAAAACGUAGGUGCUGUAAUCCAGGACUUGUAAAUACAACAAAAAAGAUUGUCAUGCUCAGCGACAACAAGCAUACACCUGCUGCUCCAUGAACAUAUACGGCGUGCGUUUUUGUUUACAAUAAUUUUUGGUAAUAAAAGAACAAAGCUAAAACAUGAAGAACACAAUUUGGAGGUUUUGCGCUUGGGUACAUCACUGUAUAAGACCACUGGGAUGUGACCAAAGUAUGUCCACGUUGACAUCUGUGCUUUAUCUCGACGUAGCCCUUCAAAGUAGAAACAUGCUAAACCCGGUCGUAUGCAGUCAGUCUCAAAUUACAGUAGUUUUGUAACAGUGUUUAAUGCAUAUAAGGAAGGGAGAGCAUGUGUGUACUUGAUUUCUUGUGCUGAGAACGAGUUUAGGGUGGAGUUCACCAGGAAUGCUUUCUGUGCUAUUGCAGGGAGUUUUAUAUAUAUUGUAAGCUGUGAAAUGUACAUAGUUUCCCUUCACUACAUUUGUAAUAAACACAGGGGCCAAGAGAGGCUGAAGUGCACCCCCUGACUGGGUUAGUGCCAGCACAGAGCUCCACAGGAGCUAGUGGUUGUGGAUAGUGCAGCAGUGCAUGUGUCUACCCCAGUGGUAAGUCGCCCGUUUCUUUGCAGUGGAAAAGUCCCCCUUAUAGGGGGCUCUGAAACGUCCAUUGCAGACAAUUUAUCUCGUGUCACAAUCGGCUUUGUGUAAACUGCACGUAUGUCUUUGCUUAUUAAAUAAGAAAUGGAUAUUCCUCCUUAAUUAUUAUUUUUUUACCAGACCUUCAUAAUUGUAUAAAGAGCAGUUUAAACAGCACUUGUGUACAUACAGAGAACGAUAGCAUUGUUUUGUAAAGUAUUUCUGCGAUUAUUCCCCAACGAAUUUUUGGGAGAUAAUGGCUGACACAGGUGGCAUACCUGUGAUUCUUGAAAUGUAACGCUAGAGAACAUUUUAUGGAUAUUUUUUAACAGUCCAUAUUGUUUCUGGAACAGCAAGUAAGAGUGUUGUGUGUAACUUGCAGUAUGGUCUCGCCAUAAGAUACCUUAUGAAUGAAUGUAUGUUUUGUAAAUUUAACUUUAUUGUUUUGAAUAUUAAACCUAUAUGCUUGAAAA